AUGGCCUCCCCCACGACCAUUUCUCGGCUCGCUGAGUCCAUCUUCAGCAACACCAAGAUUGUGGACUCCUACCUUAAAGCCAAUGAUCUCCCGAGCCCGUCUUUCGACGCUGACGGACCGACAAACUUGAAAAUCGACGCAGAAUCAGCCGAGAAUGCUCGUGUCAAGGUGUUAGAGUCCACUUUGGAGUUGUUUGAUCUCUUACAAGGCCCUGCAGCCAUUCUUCGACCUGUUGCGUAUGGCACUAGUUUGCAGGCCAUCUCGAGAUGGGAUAUCCCAAACAAGGUCCCGCUUGACAAGGAAAUAAGCUUCACCGAGCUGGCCCAUCUCUGCGAUGUUCAUGAGACGGACAUCCGUCGUAUCCUUCGCUAUGCCAUGGUCUAUCACCGUCUUUUCUGUGAGCCUCGGCCGGGCUUCGUCGCGCACUCUCUCGCUUCCAAGAGACUGGUCCAGGAACCUUCCAUGGCGGACGGGCUCUGGCUGCUCGGCGAUCAUGUCUUCGGCACGGCCGCGAGGACCGUCGAUGCUCUCGAAAAGUUCAAAGAUCAAGAGCCCAGCCACACGGCAAUGGCCAUAUUGAAGGGUAAAGAGCAAAGCGGAUACGACGCGAUGAAGGAGGACCCCCAGUUUGCGAGGAAGUUCGCCAAGGCGAUGAUGUCUUUUGCGAACCGUUCCGAGAGUGCCCCGCGAGUGAGCCUCGUGUACCCGGAGCUGUGGGCUUCGCUGGGCAAAGGCACCGUCGUUGAUGUGGGUGGCUCGCGGGGUGCUGAUGCCAUACACUUGGCGAGCAAGUAUCCCGAUCUCAACUUCAUCGUCCAGGACUUGCCCCCGAUGAUAGCCGGGGCGGAAGCUGCCGUUCCGGCCGAGCUGAAGGGUCGGAUCAGGUUUAUGCCGUACGACUUCUUCACGCCACAGACCCAGGCGGCGGACGCGUACAUGAUCAAACAGUGUUUCCACAACUGGCCGGAUCACUACUGCGUUCGCAUCAUCAGGAACCAAAUUCCGUUGAUGAAGCCUGGUUGUCGACUCAUCGUCAUUGACAGCCUGGUCCCUGAGCCGGGAACUAUGUCUUUAAUGGCUGAACGGAUGGUCAGGGCUUUCGACAUGCUCAUGCUUACCCAGGGACACGGUCGCGAGCGAGAGGGGGUUGAGUGGAUCGAGUUGUUCAAGCAGGCUGACCCGAGAUUCAAAAUAAGAGCCAUGAAGCCCAUUUCCAAAGCAGCAGACUUUGGCCCGGCCACGGGACUGAUAGAAGUCAUUUGGCAAGGCUGA